AUGACAAAACUUCUUCUUAUUCUAAUGUUUCUUUUUAUUUUUUAUUUUUCAUUUUGUACACAUCCUUUAUUAAUAGUUUUAAUUAUUAUAAUCAAUACAUGUUUAUCAUGCAUUUUAUUAGGGACACUUCAAUUUUCUUUUUGGUUUUCAUAUGUUCUAUUCUUAGUUUUUUUAGGGGGUCUCCUGAUUCUCUUUUUAUAUAUUUCAAGAUUAGCCUCAAAUGAAACAUUUAAUUUAAAAUUUUUAUUAACACCCUUUCUAUCAAGACUACUUAUCAUAAUUUUAGUUAGUAUAAACAAUGAAAUGUCAAUAGAUUCAGUGAAUUCAGAAUUUAAAUGUCAAUUUAACAGAAAUUUAAUUUCUACUCUAACUUAUUCAUUAAAUAGAGUCAUUUUUGUGAUUCUUAUUAUGACAUAUUUAUUAAUUACAUUAAUAGCAGUUGUAAAAAUCUCUCAGCUAGGAUUUGGGCCUCUCCGACAAUGAAAGUAUGACACACCCCAUUCGCAAAACCCACCCAGUAAUUAA